CGGCACUCCAUAGUUUAUGUAUCAUUAGGUGAUGGAGACUUCGCGCACGUAUGGUAUACUGAGUGAAAAUUGGACCAGUUUCCUGCUGGUUUCAGUGGUGACGUAUCUAGUCAUUGUAGUGACUAAAUAUGUGAAAGACCUCGUCAGUCUUUGGAGUUCGUUUAGAGGAUUCCCGGAACCAAAAAAGGACAGGCAUUGGUUACUGGGCCAUUUACAGAUUUUUGCGGACAAUUCCUCCAGGCUGGACAAACUUCAGGAAUGGACGGUGCAGUUUCCGAAGAUGUAUAUUUUAUGGAUCGGACUUUCGAGGGUUCGAGUCAUUCUAAACCAUCCAGAUUCCCUCAAAAAGGUCCUCAUAACUUCAGAUCCUAAGCCUGCGGGAUUCGGUGAACCAUACAGACAUGGCCUACCUUGGCUUGGAGAGGGCCUCUUGAUUUCCAGUGGCGCCAAAUGGAAGAGAUCCAGACGUCUGCUCACUCCCGCCUUCCACUUCGACAUUCUGAAACCUUACGUCAAGAUCUAUAAAACAUGUGCAGAUUUAUUACUGAAAAACCUUAACCCUCACGCUGAUACUGGUGAAAGCGUUGAAAUCUACAACAUGGUCAGUUCAUGUACGCUGGACAUCAUACUGAGAUGCGCCUUCUCAUACGAGACGGACUGCCAAAACAUGAGAGGGCGUACACAUCCUUACGUCACUGCUGUGCAGGAGAUAGCUACAGGAUGGGCCUACAGAAAUAAAUCUCCAUGGUUACAUCCAGAUUUCAUAUUCUACAUGACAAAACAAGGGAAAAAAUUCAAGGAAAAUUGUGAUUAUGUUCACCAGGUGGCGGAAGACAUCAUAGACAAGCGACGUCAAGAAAUAAAAAACAUGGACUUAUCUUCUAACAGAUAUUUGGAUUUUUUGGAUAUACUUCUGACUGCCAGGGACGAAGAUGGGGGUUGUUUGACGAGAUCAGAAAUUCGGAGUGAGGUGGAUACUUUUUUAUUUGAAGGUCAUGACACUACAGCUAGCGCCAUCUCGUGGAUUCUGUAUUCACUGGCCGAACAUCCCGAAUGUCAAAAGAAAUGUCAAGAAGAAAUCGACAAAGUGAUCAGCGAAACGGAAACUGGUGAACUCGAGUGGAAAGAUUUGGGGAAAUUGGAAUACUUGACACAGUGUAUCAAAGAAGGAAUGCGGCUUCACUCUCCUGUUCCCGCUAUCUCCAGAAUAAACAGUCAACCAAUUCAAGUGGAUGGCUCGGAGAUCCCAAAAGGCAGUAUCAUGCUCCUGCUUCUCUACUCACUGCACCACAACCCUAAAGUGUGGGGAGAGGACCACAUGGAUUUCAAGCCUGAGAGGUUUUCAAGAGAAAAUAACGAGAAAAGGGAUGCGUACGCGUUCUGUCCGUUUUCUGCUGGACCGAGAAACUGUAUUGGCCAGAACUUUGCAAUGAGCGAGGAAAGAGUUGUCUUGGCGACUCUUCUGAAAAGGUUAUCGUUUACUUUGGACAAAACACACAAGACUGAAAAAGUGAUGGCUGCCGUGAUGAGACCAAGAGACGGGAUAAAGCUGUAUAUAACUGCAAGAGACAACAAGCCUGCGUCAUCAUUGUAACAACUAAAAUGGAAAAAAAAGUUUUCCGAGCAUGAACUAGACAAAAGUUUCACAGUAACUGAUCGCUAAUGCCAUGGAAAAACGCUGUUACACUGUGACAUGUAAAAAUAGAAGUGUUAAAUACAUAUAUAAUUGUUUUUACUGUAUAGCCUUUUAAAGUUACACUGCAUAUUAUGUUGAUAGGAAGUACACAUGAGGAAUUUAACAUGAAAAUAUACCUAUAUUACAAAGCUGUAUUCUUUGAUAUUUUUUCGUUUCGUCAUUUACGUGGAUUAGAUAAAAAAUGUAAUGUCUCUGUUACUGAGUAAAAAUAUAUAGGAAAUGAACAAAUUCCGUGAAUGUCAAAUUGUUUUGUAUAACACAUCAGUAAUGAGAAUAUUUGUCUAUUAUGAAGAGUGAUAUGGAUAAACGUAUAUGUAUAAUAAAAAAUAAAAUUUUCUCUUUCA